AUGGACACCAGUACGGAUCAGCCACAUUCUCCCAGCGCUCGCUUUUACGCCAAUCGUCAAUCCGCUGGUCCCGCGAUAUUCGACAUGCUGUCCUAUCCGGCUGUUGAGCAACAGCAUCACACUCAACUUGUGCCUCCAUUCAACGAUUUCCAAGGCUUCUCAGCAACAUCCUCAUCGCACCGGCAUCUCAACAACACUUGCGCGGCAUGCCUUUCAGAUGACAGGGUAUCUCCUCGGACUCCCAUCCCCUACCAUGACCAUCAUCAGUGGGAGUCACCCGGGCCCGAUCAUGUCCCUUCCAUGAGCUGUGGCUCUGUCCAGAACCAUGUUGGCGGCCUUGCACAUACUCAAACGUCUCGUCACGGCCCAGCCAUACCGAAAUGGUCUCGACAGCUUUCCGAGCCUCCCACCUACAUCACGCCGCCUCCACAAAAUCUAUCAAGCCCUGAGAAUAGCCCUGCCCCUGCUUUUGCGGAGAGACCAGUCCCCGUGAUGCUUCCUCCACGAGGAGUGCCAGCCAGGCCUGCCCCUAUGACUGUACAACGCCCCGUUGUCGGAGGCAACACCAUUCGGGUCCCAUCAGACAGCGAAAACAGCGAUGCACCUAGAAUCCCUACAGUGACGGGGCGUCCCCACGAAGCUAACGCGACCAACGAGCCCGCCUCAACUGCCGACGACGAAGUCGACUCCAACGGCUACCCUUACGACAGCACCUCUACAGCAUCAUCCUCCACAGCCUCGCGUGCGGCCCACGGUGGCGUUCCGCCCAGGCCCCUGGAGGAAGCCGUCCUUGAGGUCCACAACACCUGCCUCACCGCCACGCAGCGAUACCUGGAGACCCUGCGCGUGAACUGGGAGCUCCGCCGCGGGCGACCAAUCCUGACCCCGCUGGGGUUAGCAGGGCCGAGCAGGCGCCUGCGCAACCGUGCUGGGGCGCGGGGUUCGCCGUAUGCGCUCCCGCGACGACUCAGGCGGGCGCUUAGCGACAACAGCGGCUUGGAGUACAUGCGUGGCCUGCGGGACGGUCACGACAGCCCGCCGGGGUCCAAGGACUGGGGCUGCCAGGGCCAGCAGAGAGGCUGCCCCAUCCCGGAGCCCACCGACUCCCUCCUUCAGAACACCUCGCACAUUUGCGAGCUGAUCUGGCGCCGGGUCCACCGCGAUCGCGAUGACGUCCUGGGCGUCGAGUCUGGCGGGGUUCGCAGUAUGGGCUUGCUUGUUGAGUGUGCCGAGAUGGUGGUCCUGUACGAUGCCGCUGAGUGGGAGAGGGACCCGGAGACGGGGUUCGUCAUGGCGUGCCAGGCGGGGCGGAACCUCUGCCGGGAGCUGGGGGAUUUGGACGGCGCAGAGAGGGUGAAUGGCAUCGAGAGAGGCCAGAUGUAG